CUUUGAACUAAAGUUAAUUUUACAUUUUCGUGUAACAAAAUUGAUCUUUGUCAUUUACAUUGAGAAGUUUUUUUAUAAAAAAGCGCAUACAUUAUGAAAUUGUACAAUUAAUAGAAGAUUAACCGGAUAUUUUCAUCGCAUUGAAAUUGACUAUUGAAAUAUGCAUACGAGUUUAUCUACAUUAAUAUUGUACAUUUUGGCGGCAAUAAUGAAUUUUGAACAAGUCAUUACAGCACCGAGUAUUCAUCCAAAUUGUGCAAAUUUAGCUGAAGAUUGUGAUCCAAAUAUUCCAUGUUGUACACCGUAUAUAUGUCAAAUGAUAAAUAGUUCAAUUGGUUUAUGUGUUGAAUGUUUCGGAUUAGGAGUUGAUUGUCAAUUUAAUCAUGAUUGUUGUAGUAAUCGGUGUCAUAACCAUGCUUGUACAAUAGUGCCGCCACAGAUCUAGUUAAUGUUUUCUGUGAAAAUGUUUACAAUGUAAACAAAACGGUUAAUUGACAAAUAUGAAUAAAUUUUGAUAAAUUUAUGAAUGAAAACUCUUAUUAAACAA